AUGGAGGCCAGAUCCAUAGUCAUUGGUGUGGAGGGGAUGACGUGCAGCUCCUGCGUUCAGGCCAUCGAGCAGCACGUUGGGAAGAUGAAUGGGAUCCACAACGUUGAAGUAUCUCUGGAGGAUAAGAAUGCAGUCAUCAUUUAUGACUCAAAGCUGCAGACUCCAGCGGCGCUGCGGGAAGCAAUAUACGACAUGGGGUUUGAUGCUACCUUAGCUGGGGCAAACCCACAACCUGUUCUACCUGACACUGUUUUUCUUACAAUCCCCACUCAGUCAGCUCUAACAUCUAAACAGAUUUGUCAUGUGCUACUGAAAAAUAAAGGCAUCGUGGAUGUUAAAAUAUCCUCUGAUCAAAAAACUGCAGUGGUGACGUUCAUUCCUGCCCUGAUCAAUGGCCAGCAGAUCAGCCAGAUGGUCCCAGGAGUAGAUCUGAAUGUCUCUGUGCCAGAUACAACACCUGGAACCUGUGAAGAUUCCAGCUGGUCUCAAGCAAGUAGUGUUGUGCUGCGUGUGAAAGUAGCAGGGAUGACCUGCCAUUCCUGCACCAGCACCAUUGAGGGGAAGCUUGGCAAGCUGCAAGGAAUUCAGCGGGUUAGAGUGUCCCUGGACAAUCAGGAAGCUGUUGUUGUCUACCAGCCUCAUCUAAUUACAGCAGAAGAAAUAAAACAUCAGAUUGAUGCUGCAGGUUUCACAGCAUCUUUCAAAAAGCAGCCCAGAGCCCUCAGGCUCAGUGCUGUUGACCUGGAAAGGUUGAGGAACACUCAGACCAAAGGCUCCAAGGCAGCACCAAAGGAGAACUCCACCAUGACUGAUCCAAAGACAGUUGUUUUCAGAAUUGAUGGGAUGCACUGCAGCUCGUGUGUCCUCAACAUCCAGAGUACCCUAUCAGCACUCCCUUCGGUAACCAGUGUCCUUGUGUCAUUAGAGAAGAAAUCUGCUGUUAUAAACUAUAACCCAAACUUAAUCAGCGUGGAGGUGCUGAGGAAAGCCAUAGAGGCAGUGUCUCCAGAGACCUUCAAAGUCAGCCUCCCUGACCAGUGUGGAAACGUGGCACUUUUCCCCACGCUGGCCUCUCCCCUGAAGCCUCCUCAUCCAGCUCUGAAGGAUGCUGGCCAGCCUCUUACUCAAGUCGUGGUGAUGAAUAUUGAGGGAAUGACCUGCAACUCUUGUGUGCAGUCCAUUGAGGGAGUCCUGUCCCAAAAGGCAGGGGUGAAAUCAGUUCGUGUCUCUCUCACAAACAGUAGUGGGACUAUAGAAUACGACCCUCUGCAGACCUGCCCAGAAGACUUGCUGUCCUCCGUAGAGGAUAUGGGAUUUGAUGCAUCUUUACCAGCACAGGCAGAAGUACCUGGAGCACAGCUGGAAGCUCCCAAGGCCCAGCCUCCCCCCAAAGGGUCCCCAGCCCCCCUGGGCAGAGCAGAGGCAAAGGCUGUGUCCAAGUGCUACGUCCAGGUCACGGGGAUGACGUGUGCCUCCUGCGUAGCCAACAUUGAGAGGAACCUGAGAAGAGAAGAUGGAAUUCACUCCAUACUUGUUGCCCUCAUGGCUGGGAAGGCAGAAGUGAGGUACAAUCCUGCUGUCACCCACCCUUCGGCCAUCGCCGAGCUCAUCCGGGAGCUGGGCUUCGGGGCGGCCGUGCUGGAGAGCUGUGGGGAAGGAGAUGGAGUCCUGGAACUUGUUGUGAGAGGAAUGACAUGUGCUUCUUGUGUACACAAAAUAGAGUCCACGCUCAUGAAGACUAAUGGUGUUUUAUACUGCUCAGUAGCUCUUGCCACCAACAAAGCACACAUUAAAUAUGAUCCUGAGAUCAUAGGCCCUCGAGAUGUUAUACAGGUGAUAAAGGAUUUAGGUUUCACUACUUCAUUAGUCAAAAAAGAUAGAUCUGCUAGUCAUCUAGAUCACAAACAGGAAAUAAGGCAGUGGAAAAGGUCUUUUGUCGUGAGUCUCGUUUUCUGUAUCCCUGUCAUGGGGCUGAUGAUUUACAUGAUGGUGAUGGACAGUCAGCUCUCAGAUGCUCACACACAUCACAACAUGAGCAGUGAGGAGAUGGAGGCCCUUCACUCCUCUAUGUUCCUGGAAUACCAGCUCCUACCAGGACUGUCUGUUAUGAACUUCCUGUCAUUUUUACUCUGUGUCCCUGUACAGGGUAAAACCUCAGAAGCACUGGCAAGACUAAUUUCAUUACAAGCUACUGAAGCUACUAUUGUUACCUUGGGCCCUGAUAACGUUCUUUUAAGUGAAGAGCAGGUUGAUGUGGAACUGGUUCAACGAGGUGACAUUGUCAAAGUGAUCCCAGGAGGCAAAUUCCCAGUGGAUGGUCGUGUGAUUGAAGGACACUCUAUGGUAGAUGAAUCUCUCAUCACAGGGGAAGCAAUGCCUGUGACUAAAAAGCCUGGCAAUACAGUCAUUGCAGGCUCCAUUAACCAGAAUGGAUCCCUGCUGAUCUCAGCAACCCACGUCGGAGCUGAUACG